AUGGAUUGUGAUGUAAAGUUUUUAAACAAUGCUGAAGAGUUUUACGAGCCUGGUCAAAAUGUGAAGAUUCGCGUAACUUUGAAUGUCGCGAAACCUGAGAAAAUAAACAAAAUCAUUUGCAUGUUUCAUGGGUAUGCAAAAUGUAAAUGGUAUGAAGAGAGGGGAGUUAGUCCCAAUGUUUACAUCGAUGUUCUUCGUGGUCGAGAAAGCUAUGUUGAUGAAACUUUUUGCUUAUUAAGUGAUUCUGAUGGAAAGCAAGUGGAAUUGACGACAGGUGAACAUAAUUUCGAUGCUUCUUAUGAUUUACCUUCAAACAUUCCGACAAGUUUUUGGUGCAGAAAUGGACAAAUUAAAUAUAAAGUUCGAAUAGUUGUUGACAGAUCAUGGAAAAUGAAUUCAAAUUAUGAUUUUCCUUUCACUGUCAUUCAACCUUUGAACCUAAAUUCAGAAGGUUUAUCUUUAAGACAUCCGAUAAAAGAAGAAAAGGCAAAAAACUUUAUGUUAGACUUCACGUCUGAGAAGCUUUACAUGUCAGCGUCGAUUCCAUUCUCGGGAUAUGUUCCGGGACAAUCGAUAAAUGUUUUCCUCGAAGUAAACAAUCAAUCGAAGACUCAUGUAAAAGAAGUGAAAAUAUCUUUAAAGAAGAUCGUCCUAAUGAACAGUCGUAAGCCAAAGAGAAACACAAAGGAAUUGGUUUUCUCCGAGGGUAAAGUCUUGACAGAUUCAAUUCCAGCACAAACGUCAAGAAGUUUUGAAAGAAGAAUUAUCGUUCCGUCUCUUCCACCAAAUAUCACAAACUGUGAAACAAUUAAAGUCUUGUAUCAAUUGAGAAUUAAAGCGAUGACAAGUGGAUUUAAUCGUUGUCCAAAGAUUAAAAUUCCUAUCACAAUUGGAACUGUUCCAUUUAGCAACAUUUUGGCAUCGCCAUCUUACAUGAAAUUACCACCACCAACUUAUGAAGAAGCUUUGUUAGAAGAAUCUUUAGUCGACAGCUCUGAUGGUGAAAAUACUGACCAACCCAACUAUCCCGUCUUCACUUUCGAUAACGAUCAGAGGCCAACAACUUGA